AAGCGGAGUCUCUCUGUCUAUAUAGUAUAUAUCUCUGCUCUCUCUCUCUAAACUGUUUAUACUUCUCAACAAUAGCAUAUAAACCCUCACUUUCCCCCCUCUCUCUCUAGAAAUUUCGCUCUCUCUCUCUCUCUUAGGGUUUGGGUACUCUUUCAUUGCUAGGGUUUAUUGGUGCUGGAGUCUGUGUCUUUUCGAUUCAAUGGCGUCUUUGGCUAUGGCCGCCGAGAAGCUUAGAGAUUUAAGCCAGCCGAUUGAUGUUUCUUUACUCGAUGCUACUGUUGCUGCGUUCUAUGGCACCGGAUCUAAGGAAGAAAGGGCUACUGCAGACCGGAUAUUGCAGGAGUUGCAAAGCAAUGUGGAUAUGUGGCUACAGGUUGUGCACAUUUUACAAAAUACAAAGAACCUAAACACCAAGUUCUUUGCCUUGCAGGUCCUUGAAGGUGUUAUUAAGUAUAGAUGGAAUGCAUUGCCUGUUGAGCAACGGGAUGGAAUGAAAAAUUACAUUUCUGAAGUCAUUGUACAGCUUUCCAGUAAUGAGGCUUCUUUCCGAUUGGAAAGGCUAUAUGUCAACAAGCUCAACGUAAUUUUGGUUCAGAUAUUGAAACAUGAGUGGCCAGCUAGAUGGAGAAGCUUUAUUCCAGAUCUUGUUGCAGCAGCAAAAACUAGUGAAACAAUUUGUGAGAAUUGCAUGGUUAUAUUGAAACUUCUAAGUGAAGAAGUUUUUGAUUUCUCUCGUGGGGAAAUGACUCAACAGAAGAUCAAAGAGCUGAAACAAUCACUAAACAGUGAAUUUCAACUCAUCCAUGAGUUAUGCUUGUAUGUACUAUCAGCAUCUCAAAGAACUGAGCUUAUUCGGGCAACAUUGUCCACCUUGCAUGCAUUUCUUUCCUGGAUUCCCUUGGGCUAUAUUUUUGAAUCCCCCCUGCUGGAAACACUCCUUAAGUUCUUUCCUGUGCCCUCAUAUCGAAAUCUUACCCUCCAGUGUUUGACAGAGGUUGCAGCUCUAAAUUUUGGAGACUUCUAUAAUGUGCAGUAUGUUAAGAUGUAUAAUUUCUUCAUGGUCCAACUACAGGCCAUUCUUCCUCCAGCAACAAACAUUCCAGAGGCUUAUGCACAUGGUACUAAUGAGGAACAGGCAUUUAUUCAGAACUUGGCACUGUUUUUCACUUCAUUUUAUAAGUCCCAUAUUCGAGUGCUCGAGACUUCGCCAGAGAACAUAUCUGCAUUGAUGAUGGGUCUUGAAUAUCUAAUUAGUAUCUCAUAUGUUGAUGACACUGAGGUUUUUAAGGUUUGCUUGGAUUAUUGGAACUCCUUGGUUUUGGAGCUCUUUGAGGCACAUCAUAAUUUGGAUAAUCCUGCUGUAACUGCAAACAUGAUGGGAUUGCAGAUGCCUUUGCUCCAUGGUAUGGUUGAUGGCAUAGGUUCACAAAUAUUGCAACGGAGGCAGCUUUACGCUAAUCCAAUGUCAAAGUUGAGAAUGCUUAUGAUUUGUCGUAUGGCUAAACCUGAAGAGGUUCUCAUAGUUGAAGAUGAGAAUGGCAACAUUGUUCGAGAAACUAUGAAGGACAAUGAUGUUCUCGUUCAAUAUAAGAUUAUGAGAGAAACCUUGAUAUACUUGUCUCACCUUGAUCAUGAGGACACUGAAAAGCAGAUGCUCAAGAAAUUAAGUAAACAAUUGAGUGGUGAGGAUUGGAGCUGGAACAAUCUAAACACUCUAUGUUGGGCAAUAGGCUCCAUUUCUGGUUCCAUGAUGGAAGAACAGGAAAACAGAUUUCUGGUGAUGGUCAUUCGUGAUUUACUGAAUUUGUGUGAAAUCACCAAGGGAAAAGAUAACAAAGCUGUUAUUGCUAGUAACAUUAUGUAUGUGGUUGGGCAGUAUCCACGAUUUCUUAGAGCCCAUUGGAAAUUCUUGAAAACUGUUGUCAAUAAGUUGUUUGAGUUCAUGCAUGAAACACAUCCUGGAGUUCAGGAUAUGGCUUGUGACACGUUCUUAAAAAUUGUUCAGAAAUGCAAACGGAAAUUCGUUAUUGUACAGGUGGGGGAAAGUGAACCAUUUGUGUCUGAACUUCUGUCAGGCCUUCCAACAACCGUUGCUGAUCUUGAGCCUCAUCAGAUCCAUACAUUUUAUGAAUCUGUAGGGCAUAUGAUUCAAGCGGAACCUGAUCCACAGAAGAGAGAUGAAUACCUGCAGAGAUUGAUGGAUCUUCCAAACCAGAAAUGGGCUGAAAUCAUAGGGCAGGCGCGCCAGAGUGUUGAUUUUCUGAAAGAUCAAGAAGUGAUCAGGGCUGUUCUCAACAUAUUGCAGACAAAUACAAGUGUUGCUAGUUCUCUGGGAACAUAUUUCUUGUCCCAAAUCUCUUUAAUCUUCCUGGACAUGCUUAAUGUGUAUAGAAUGUAUAGUGAACUUAUAUCAAGUAGCAUUGCAGAAGGAGGGCCCUAUGCAUCUAGAACAUCCUAUGUGAAGCUUUUAAGAGCGGUUAAGAGAGAGACCCUUAAGCUCAUUGAGACAUUUUUGGACAAGGCUGAAGAACAGCCACAGAUUGGGAAGCAAUUUGUUCCCCCAAUGAUGGAUCCGGUUCUUGGUGACUAUGCUAGGAAUUUGCCUGAUGCUAGAGAAUCUGAAGUUCUGUCACUUUUUGCAACAAUUAUAAACAAGUACAAAGCUGCAAUGAUAGAUGAUGUGCCACGGAUAUUUGAAGCAGUUUUCCAAUGUACACUUGAGAUGAUAACCAAAAAUUUUGAAGAUUAUCCUGAGCACCGCCUCAAGUUCUUUUCAUUACUUCGGGCCAUUGCAACACAUUGUUUUCCUGCUUUGAUUCUGUUGUCGAGUCAGCAACUGAAGCUUGUGAUGGAUUCAAUCAUAUGGGCAUUUCGGCAUACAGAAAGAAAUAUUGCUGAAACUGGUCUGAACCUUCUGUUGGAGAUGCUCAAGAACUUUCAGGCUUCUGAAUUCUGUAACCAGUUCUAUCGCACGUACUUUCUCACAAUUGAGCAGGAAAUAUUUGCCGUCUUAACAGAUACUUUUCACAAACCUGGCUUCAAGCUGCAUGUCUUAGUGUUGCAGCAUUUGUUUUGUCUGGUUGAAAGUGGUGCUUUGACUGAGCCUUUAUGGGAUGCUACAACAGUUCCUUAUCCUUACCCAAACAAUGCAAUUUUUGUUCGUGAAUACACCAUUAAACUUUUGGGGACAUCAUUCCCAAACAUGACUGCAUCAGAGGUCACCCAAUUUGUUAAUGGACUAUUUGACUCAAGAACUGACCUCUCUGUAUUUAAGAAUCAUAUUCGAGACUUUCUUGUGCAAUCAAAAGAAUUUUCAGCUCAGGACAAUAAAGAUCUUUAUGCUGAAGAAGCUGCUGCUCAGAGAGAACGGGAGAGACAAAGAAUGCUUUCUAUUCCAGGGCUUAUUGCUCCUAAUGAGAUCCAGGAUGAGAUGUUGGACUCGUAGAAGGCUAUAUUUGCUGCGGAAGCUAAUUUGAUGAAUUUGUAAACCAGGAGUAGCAGCCAUUGCCAUCUUGAUUCAGUUACUUAGAAGUCGAUGGGUUUUAACAGAUGCAGCAUUCUUUUCGUUGGUGUUGAAGCUGGUGGUCGAUGACAAAGUGUGCCUCGGUAUGAAGAGUUGGCUGCUGGCAAUACUGUCUAUAUAUCCAUUGAAUGGGUGUAGAUUAUUUAGGUGCUAAUGUAGGAAUGAACAUAUUCGAGUCAUUGUACGGAUUUUGUGGAUCCUACUUGACCCUUAUUCAUCAUGAUGGUUGGGAUCAAACUGUUUAAAUGACUCUUUUUGGAUUGUUUAUUGAUUCGUCGUAGGUGUAACGCAUACUAAUGUUGGCGGGUUGUGCAGAAAUCUUAAUUUUCUUUUACAAUUCCGUUUUCCAGUGUUUAGUUAGGGGCUUCCUUUUAACUUUUUCCCCCUUCGUACAAUGUACCUUGGAUGUGUUCUAAUAUAUAUGAGCUUUGUUGUUUUUCCCCA